CACUGGGAAGGAGGGAGGGGCCUCGCUCCAAGAUGGCGGCCGUCCUGGGCAGCGGGGAGGUCUGUUCCAAGAUGGCGGCGCAGGCGAGCCGGCUAGUGCGGACUCGGGGCGUCCGGUUUUACAACGCGAGGCCGCUGAGGCGGCAGCUGGGCGGCGUGUACCGACCGGACCCUGCCGACCCCAAGACGCCGGCCUGGCAGCUGACGGGCGCCUACGAGACCAAGCUGUUCGGGCGGUAUGGGGCGGCCUCCGGGGUGGACCCGGCCCGGCUCUGGCCCUCGCCCGCGCAGCUGAAGGAGAUGGAGGAGGACGAGAGGGCCUGGUGCCCGUCCCUGAGGGACAUGGUGGAGCGCCUCGACGCCAAGGAGCGCGAGGCCGACGCCAAGGCGCGAGAAAGAGAAGAGCUCAUUGCUUCAAAAAUGGCCAAAAUGCCCCAGAUGAUAGCAGAGUGGCAGCAGGAGAAGGCUCUGAAAAAAGCAAAGGAGCUGGAAGAGAAAGAGCGGCGACAGCGCCUUCUGGCUGAGGCCCGUGAACGAUUUGGCUACAACGUGGACCACCGCAGCCCCCAGUUUCAAGAGAUGAUGCAAGAGAUGGAGAAAACUAGACGGAAGGAACAGAAGCUGCUGAAGAAGAAGCGCAGAGAAGAGUCCUUGGUCAAAAGAGCAAUGGAAGGAGCAGCGGUUGCCUCUGUUCCCACCAAACAUGAGGAGGUUGCUACUACAGAGGUCCCGCACCACCAGGUUGCACAGACUACUGACUCUUCCUGAAAUAAAUGUAGCCUCCAGGCAUUACUUUAGCUUAACAGUCCAACAUGAUUCCCAGAGGCCCAGAGGACACUGACUUAAGGCCAGCUUCCAGAUGUUCUGCAAGGGUGGGACCUGCUGACAUAGUCAAUACUCAGGAUCUUUUGACUAUCCAACUCUGGUCAAAUAAGAGGUUUGAGUUCCGACACCAUCUCCACUAAUGAUAUUGGAUGUCUUUUCUGCCAGUGGAUUCUAAGAAGCCUUGAUGAUAAUUGCUGCUGCUGACUACAUUUGAUUGCAUUUACAAGCUGGCUAAUGUGUUGUAUUCAGUCAAAUAAACAAACUUGGAAUAUUAA